AUGAUGCUACUAAUUUCUAUUCUCUCGUGUACUAUAUUUUUCUUCCAUUUUUUGAAUGCCGUAGCAGAAAUCACUCUCACGGGCUGCCAUCUUGAAGCUGGCCUGCAAGUUUGUACUACUCUUAAUGGCCAAGCUACUACCUUUCAAGUGCCCAUCACAUCUUAUAGUGAAAUUACUUUGACAAAGACGACUCCCACGACAGAAACUUCAACCACUACUGAGAUACCAAACACUACUGAACCUCCAUCAUCAACUCAAAUUUCAGAAAGUACUACUACUCCACAAACUGAUGCAGUGACGGCUUGCCAUUUACAUGGCGAUACACAGUACUGCGUGAAUGGAGCGGGUGCAGAGGUGAGGAUAGUAGCCAGCUCGACGCCAACUCCAAUUCCUACAGCUUACACUGGCUGCCACUCUCACGGAUCAGAAAUGCACUGUUUAGACCCCUUUGGCUCAGAGGUAAAGGCAGUGAGUUCAGAACCAACUGCCCCUGCUGCUGGUAAAAAAGGCAGCCACUCUGGAGGCAAAAAUUGUCAUUUUCAUGCUGGAGUGGAGCAUUGUACCUCCACUGACGGGUCCGAGGAAAGAGACUGCGGGAGAGUUGAUCGAGACUACAAUGUAAACCUACGUAUAGGUUUACUGUUUGUAAUCUUGAUAACUAGUGCAAUCGGUGUCUUUACUCCAAUUUUACUGAGUAGAUUACUCCGGAUUCAACCUACUGGACUUAUUUUCACAUUUAUCAAGCAAUUCGGUACAGGAGUUAUAAUUUCGACUGCGUUUGUGCAUUUAUUGACGCACGCUGAAUUAAUGUUUGCAAACACAUGCCUUGGAGAGCUCAAAUAUGAAGCCACAGCGACAUCAAUCGCUAUGGCAGGCACGUUCAUGGCUUUUCUAGUCGACUUUUCUUCACACCGCCUAGCCCAUUGGAGGCAGUCUAAAAUUGUUCCAGGCCCUAUUGACGAAAAAUGCACGCAGCAUGAAUCUGAUGAUUCGACAGACAGCCCGCCAGACCUUGCAGCAUUUUCUCAUCACAACCACAGUAUUCCCAGUGGGGCACUUUCUUCCAGUGCCAUUUCCUUGAUUAUUUUGGAGGCAGGAAUUGUCUUUCAUUCUCUUUUAAUUGGCAUAACUCUUGUUGUCGCUGGCGAUUCCGUUUUUAUAACUCUUUUCGUUGUCAUAAUCUUCCAUCAAAUGUUUGAGGGCUUAGCUCUUGGCGCCCGAAUCGCGGCAACUAAUAGCGACAAAGUUAUCAGCGCAAAACUUUUUAUACUUCCCUUAAUAUUUUCAUUCAUAACUCCUAUUGGCAUGGCAAUCGGCAUUGGUGUGUUGCAAAACUUUAAUGGCAAUAAUCCCAGCACAAUAAUCGCUCUCGGUACCCUUAAUGCAUUUAGCGCAGGUAUUUUGAUAUGGGUUGGAUUCAUUGAAAUGUGGGCCGGUGACUGGGUUCAUGGUGAUCUAGCACAGGCAGAUAUGGCUAGAACGUUUGUGGGUAUGGUGAGUCUCAUAGCUGGCUUUAUUUUGAUGGGAGUCUUAGGAAAAUGGGCAUAG